AUGCCGAGGGGUGGGGCAUUUCCACGGAAACUUUGCACUCCUCUCAGCUGGGAUGAGGAGGACAAGGGAAGGUUUGGUCAUAAACAUUUCAAAUUUCCACGUGUUGCAUCGUUUGUUGGACUACCAUCUGCUGAUCUGGAUUGUUCUCUCGAAGAAUAUGUAGAGUUAAUUUGUGGUAUAAUGGAUGUACCUGUUCACAAAUCAAAAAUACAGUCCCUUCAUAUACUUUUUACUCUGUAUCUAGAAUUCAGAAAUUCACAGCAUUUCAGGUCAUUAGCAAUGAAUAAUGAACUUGAUAAUGCACAGAAAAAUCAAGGCUCCUCAAAUGAAGCUGAUCAUCUCAUUUUAAGAGAUUAAGCAAGUUGAAUACGAGAUUUUUAAUUGAUUACUAUUGCAUUGUUAAAAGAAGUUACUUUAGGAGUUUAAAAUGUGGAAAAUAUGUACUUGCUAAUAAAAAACAAGCAAGUAAUUUUUAAAUGCUGUUGAAACUCGGAGAUUAUGAUGCAGUUCAGUAUCAAUGAUCAAAAAGCAGUGUGAAAAAUUAUGACGUUAGGAGACCAUAGAAAGCUUAAUGUAUUUCAUAAAAGCAAUAAUAAAUGAAAUUUGCUUGAUUUA